GCCUGGCUCUUGUCACCCAGGCUGGAGUGCAGUGGUGCAAUCUUGGCUCAAGGCAACCUCUGCCUCCCAGGUUCAAAUGAUUCUCCUGCCUCAGCCUCCCAAGUAGCUGAGAUUACUGGCACCCACCACCACACCAAGCUAAUUUAUGUAUUUUUAGUAGAGACGGGGUUUCACCAUGUUGGCCAGGCUGGUCUCAAACUCCUGACCUCAGGUUGUCCACCCGCCUCAGCCUCCCAAAGUGCUGGGAUUACAGGCAUGAGCCACCGCGCCUGGCCUUUUACUUGAAUUGUGUAUAUGGGGUGGGGUAGGGUUCAGCUGCACCCUUUUGUGUGAGCAUGUCCCCAUCUUCCUGGUGCCAUUUAUUAGGAAGGGCCUCCUUCCUGAAUUAAAUGGUCCUGGCACUCUUUUCCCAAAAUCACUUGAUCAUAGGUGUAGGGCUCAUCUCUGGGCGUCCUGCUCCACCCUCAACUGCCCCGUCUGUCCACAUGCCAGGCCACGCAUUUUGAUCGCCAUAGCUUGGCAGCACCUUUGAGAUUGGAAGUGUGAGGCCUCCAUCAUUGCCCUUCUUUUUCAAAAUUGUAUUGACUAUUCGUGGUCCGUUAAGACUCCAUAUGAAUUUUAGGAUGGGCUUUUUCAUUUCUGCAAAAAAGCACUGUUAAGAUUUUUGUAGGCCAUUCUAGAAGUGGGCUGAGUGAAUGUGCCAGUUGGCUUUGUUGUGAGGAAAUCCCAGCACUGAUAUUUGGGGCUGGGAUGUGAAGGCUUCAGUAAAACUUGUCAAAUUCAGACUCAAGGUGCCUUUCGUACCAUUGUCCUGGGGUUUAAGCAGGAAAUGUUAGAUUUUUAAAAGCUUUUUAUUUGAACGAUUUUUAGACUUAUAGGAAAGUUGCAGAACUCGUAGAGGUUCCUGUGUCUCCCACCCAGCUUCCUCCAGUGUUGGCAGAAUGGUCCAGACCAGGGAUUCCCACUGGCCCUGCCCUGGUCACUGCUUUAAAACCCCACUCAGAUGUCACCGCAUUCUUCAUACUAGAGCCACGGUUCUGUCCAGGGCCCCUCACCAUCAUUCCUAUCAUCCAUCUGUAACAGCUCUCCAGUUUGUUUUCUGUUUUUGUUUUUCACAAUAUUGAUACUUUUUAAAAUUAUUAUUUUUUUGAGAUAGGGUCUUGCUCUGUCCCCCAGGCUGGAGUGUAGUGGUGCACUCAUGGCUCCCUGCAGCCUCAGCCUCCAGGGCUCAAGCAUCUUCCCACCUCAGCCUCCCAAGUAGCUGGGGCCACAUGCAUGAGCCACCAUGCCCGGCUAAUUUUUGUAGAGAUGGGGGUCUCGCUGUGUUGCCCAGGCAGGUCUUGAACUCCUGACCUCAAGGGAUCCACCCACCCCAGCCUCCAAAGUGCUGAGAUCACAGGUGUGAGCCACCGUGCUGGGCCUUCAAACGUGUGCUGUGCUCACCCCGAGAGACUGGAGCCUGCUGCGUGUGGUUCUUUUAGUCUUUAGCCUCCCAGAUUUCAUGGAAACACAUUUUCCACAAUUACCUGGGAGAGCCCUUGUCUCCCCACACUUCCGUGGGGUUGUGGAUUCCCUGUGAGGCAUCUGGGCUUAUCGUGGGCGUUGGUGUUGCGUGUGGGUGUGGCUCACUUGUGGCAUGUGAAGAGGUGAAGAGCAUGUGGGGUACCCCAAGGCUUUAGGAGUCACUGCCUCUGGAAGGCCCUUCCCACCUCCCUCCAUGGGGAGACAGCCUUAGUUUCUGUUCAUCCUCCUCUGUUCCUCCUGCACAGCCAGGCAGGCACCUGUGCAUUUCAGCUGGCCCCUGUCUUACACCACGGGUGGCAAAUCUCUGCCUUUCUUCUCACUUUGCCUUCUCACUUAAUGUCCUGGAAGUCACCCCGUGGCAGGCCUUACAGACCUUCCUCCUUCCGGCAUGUGCCCCACCGUGUAGACACCCGCGUUUACUCAGCGACCUUGCUCUGUGCGGGCACUGGGCUGUUUCCAGGGUUUUGCCAUCUCCACCUGUGCUGCUGUGAACACCACAUGUGGACCUUUUCAUCUCUGCAGGGUUGACCCCCAGAAUUGGGGUUGCACAGAGGUCAGUAGCCAGCCAGAUGUUGCCACAUUCCUCCCUCCUGAGAGCUGUGCCCCGUGUCGAGCGCUGUUUGCCCACAGCCAGGCCAGGGGUUGUGGUAGGAUUUUUUAAUUUUUGCCAGUCUCAUGGGUGAGAAAUGGUAUCUCAGUAUUGUUUUAAUCUGCACUUCUCUGAUUACGAGUGUGCUUGAGCAUUUUUUCCAUAUGUGUGGAAGUCAUUUUUAUCUUUUGUGAAUGGCCUGUUCAUGUUUUUCCCCAUUUCUCGAUGGGGUUUUUGGUCCUUCACCCCCUGAUGUUUAAGAGUUCAUGCUAUAUGAGUUUUUCCCCUUGUUGUUUUUCUUUUUCCACGUGUGCCCAGCUCUUUAUGCACAUUUGAACCUUAGUAUCGACAUGUCCAACUCCAUAAAAUAGCUUACCCUGGUUUACUGGGAUUGAGUGGAACUGAUGAGCUAACACCAAGAGGAAGCCACCUCCACAGUGCCAAGUCUCCUGUCUGGGAGCACGGCUCGCUUUCCAUUUGUUCAUGUUUACUUUCGUGUUUUAAAUUUGUUCUUGUAAAAACAGUACACAUUCCUUGUGAAAUUUGUUCCUACAUGUUUUUUUUCCUAUUGUAAAUGGACUUUUUCUUUCUUUUUAUCAAUUUAAUUUAGUUUUUGAGACAAGAUCUCACUCUGUCACCCAGGCCGGAGUGCAGUGGCACAAUCUUGGCUCACUGCAGCCUCCGCCUCCCAGGCUCAGAUGAUCCUCCCACCUCUCAGCCUCCCAAGUAGCUGGGACUACAGGCACCACCACAUCCGGCUAACUCGUGUAUUUUUUGUAGAGACAGGGUUUCGCCAUUUUGCCCAAACUGAUCUUGAACUCCUGGACUCAAGCGAUCCCCCCACCUUGGCCUCCCAAAGUGUGGGAUUACAGGCGUGAGCCUCGGUGCUUGGCCAUAAAUGGACUUUUUCAAUGAUUGUGUUCUUUAUUGUUUGUGUAUAGGAAGGCUGUUGAUUUUAUAGCCUGCUACUUUUCUAAAUUUUUUUAUUCAAUAAAUAAGUUUUGUCAUUGAUUCUCUGGUAUUUCCAAGUAUACGAUGAUCCUAUCUGCAAAGAGAGACGGUUUCACCCCUUCUUUACCUGCUCUAUGCUUCUGAUUGAUUUUUGCUGUCUAGUUUUAUUCAUUAAUACCUCUCGUAUAAUGUUAAAUAUAUCAGAGGUAGUGGGUAUCCUUGUUUCUGAUUGCCAUGGAAAUGCCUCUAGUGUUUCUCCAUUAAGAGAGUGGCUUUAGAAAACACAGGCUGCCGGUGCUGGUGAAAUACCCGUCAACGCCCUGAGUAUUCAUCAAAGGCUGCUUGGUAUCUAUGGAGAUGAUCACAUGACUUUUCCACCUAAAUUUGUUAUUAUGGUGCAUGAUGUUAAUGGAUUUCCUACCACUGAACCUACUUUGCACCUUCUGGAACAAAUUCUACUUUUUUAUAGUAUUUUUUUUUCUUAAGAGGCAUUGGAUUCUGUUUAAUAAUAUUCUGUUUAGAAUUUUUGCAUUGGUAUUGAUGAGCGAUAUUGAACUUAAGUUUUCUUUCUUCUUAUUAUAUUUGGUUUAAAUAUCAGUGUUUGCUUACUUCAUAAAAGGAACUAGAGAGCUUUCCUUCCUUCUCAAUGUUCUGAAAUAAUUUGUAGAGCAUGGAGACUAUCUGGGCUUUAUAAUCUUGGGAGAAUUCUCUGUAAACCUGUUGGGGCUUAGUGCUUUGUAUAGGACAGUCAGUAGUAACUUUCUGUUUCUUCAAUGGAAAUGGGUCUGCUGAAGUUUCUAACUCUCCUGGGACAGUUUUUGGUGUCUCUGUUUCCCGAGGACAUCUGCACUUCCUCUGGGUUUUCAAAUGUGUUUGCAUAGAGGACUGCACAGUGUCUCCUCUGAUUGUUCAGUCUGUUUCAAACGUUACAUUUCUUGAAUAUAAUAAUGUGGCUUUAAAAAAGAAAAAGGAAGACACUUGAAGAAUGGGAAAAUAUCCCUAAGUCAUCCUACAGCUAUAAGCCUUGUUUUCAAAGCAGCACAUCACAGACUCGUGUUUACCGUCAGUUUACGAAGAAUGCGCUGAUGUCUGGGUCCAUAAAAACAUCUUUCCUGUCCUUUUCUGCUGUUGGCUGACGAACUGCCUCUUCAUUAAAAAUAGCUUUAAUGCCUGAGAGUUACAGAAGCUCCCCUCAGCGAGGAGGAAACCACGGAGGUUUUACCAAGUCCCUGUCGGUGAACAUCAACUUGACUGACGGGGCACAAGCUUCAGGAGAUGAAGUGUCAAUAAGGAUUAAUACGAAGGUAGAUCAAUCACGCUGUCAUUUCAUAGGGCUUCAGUUUCUUUCUGUAAAAACCUGUCAGAUGUGAUUUUCCCUCUAAAAUUAGAAUCGUUUUUAUUCAUUUUUCCAGUUACUAAAAUUACCUGUAUCGUCCGAGGGAAAAUACAGGAGGAGGACAGAAAAAAGAAAGUAAAAAUCACCUGACCUGACCGUGCACUGUCAGCCUAUCGGUGGCCUUCCUUCCGGAAGUUUCUUUAUGCGUCUGCCCGUGGAUGGGAGGUGGGAGCGCGGACACCUGUCGCCCUCUCGGCCGCUCUGGGACCUGCCCUUUCUUUGAAACGUUGUGUCCAGGGCAUGACCCCCAUCGAGACGUGGGCCUGGGCGGAGGCUGCAGCUUAAGAGGAAGCUCUCGGCGUCGGGCCUGUGCCCUGCGGCCGCCCUGACCCUGGAGGAAGCGGGCGCCGACACGUUGUGGGCAACAGGAAGGGCCGGGAGCUCUGUGGCCGUUGGCAAGGCCAGGAACCCGGGUAGUCGAGCAGAAACUGUGAUCUGGGGCGGAAGGCCUCCGUGGGAGAAGGCUCGCGUCAGACGGGGACGGAGGGCCUGGCUCUGGGAAGGUGGGUCCCGCUCCCUUCUGAGGCAGGCAGAGCUGCAGGGAAAGCAGAUGUGUGGAGGCCCCUCCAGAGCCAGGCUCCAGGCGCUCCAGGGACGGCGCCCGUUCUCCUCCCUUCCCAGGCCUGCCCAGCAGACGCCACCGCACGAAGCUUCACAACUGAGCGAGCAGCUCCUCACGGAAGGUUAAAUUCGGCGCGUUACGUCAUUACGUUCAGUGAAAGAACUGAGUGAGCAGCUCCUCACGGAAGAUUACAUUCGGCGCGUUACGUCAUUACGUUCAGUGAAAGAACAGUGCUCCUCACGGAAGGAGCCCGGCGGGAGCCCCUCGGUCCGGUCCGGUCCGGCCCCGCGCAUGGAGCCACGGCCCUGCUCCCCGGGCGGCGGCGGCGGCGGCGGCGGGACCCGCGCCCGGCACGUCAUCAUCAACGUGGGCGGCUGCCGCGUGCGCCUGGCCUGGGCCGCGCUGGCGCGAUGUCCCCUCGCGCGCCUGGAACGCCUGCGCGCCUGCCGCGGCCACGACGACCUGCUGCGCGUGUGCGACGACUACGACGUGAGCCGCGACGAGUUCUUCUUCGACCGCAGCCCGUGCGCCUUCCGCGCCAUCGUGGCGCUUUUGCGCGCGGGGAAGCUGCGGCUGCUGCGGGGCCCGUGCGCGCUGGCCUUCCGCGACGAGCUGGCCUACUGGGGCAUCGACGAGGCGCGCCUGGAGCGCUGCUGCCUGCGCCGCCUGCGCCGCCGCGAGGAGGAGGCGGCCGAGGCCCGCGCGGGGCCGACGGAGCGCGGGGCGCAGGGGAGCCCGGCGCGCGCCCCGGGACCUCGGGGGCGGCUGCAGCGCGGCCGGCGGCGCCUGCGCGACGUGGUGGACAACCCGCACUCGGGGCUGGCGGGCAAGCUCUUCGCCUGCGUGUCCGUGUCCUUCGUGGCCGUCACGGCCGUGGGCCUCUGCCUGAGCACCAUGCCGGACAUCCGCGCCGAGGAGGAGCGGGGCGAGUGCUCCCCCAAGUGCCGCAGCCUGUUCGUGCUGGAGACCGUGUGCGUGGCCUGGUUCUCCUUCGAGUUCCUGCUGCGCUCCCUGCAGGCCGAGAGCAAGUGCGCCUUCCUGCGCGCGCCGCUCAACAUCAUCGACAUCCUGGCGCUCCUGCCGUUCUACGUGUCGCUGCUGCUGGGGCUGGCGGCGGGCCCGGGCGGGACCAAGCUCCUGGAGCGCGCGGGGCUGGUGCUGCGGCUGCUGCGUGCGCUGCGCGUGCUCUACGUGAUGCGCCUGGCGCGCCACUCACUGGGGCUGCGCUCGCUGGGCCUGACCGUGCGCCGCUGCGCGCGCGAGUUCGGGCUGCUGCUGCUGUUCCUCUGCGUGGCCAUGGCGCUCUUCGCGCCACUGGUGCACCUGGCCGAGCGCGAGCUGGGCGCGCGCCGCGACUUCUCCAGCGUGCCUGCCAGCUACUGGUGGGCCGUCAUCUCCAUGACCACCGUGGGCUACGGCGACAUGGUCCCGCGCAGCCUGCCCGGGCAGGUGGUGGCGCUCAGCAGCAUCCUCAGCGGCAUCCUGCUCAUGGCCUUCCCGGUCACCUCUAUCUUCCACACCUUCUCGCGCUCCUACUCCGAGCUCAAGGAGCAGCAGCAGCGCGCGGCCAGCCCCGAGCCGGCCCUGCGGGAGGACAGCACGCGCUCGGCCACAGCCACCGAGGACAGCUCGCAAGGCCCCGACAGCGCGGGCCUGGCCGACGACUCUGCGGACGCGCUGUGGGUGCGGGCAGGGCGCUGACACCUGCGCCGCCCGCACAGAGACCCUCUGCUCCCUCCAGCUGCAGGGUCGGGACCCCCGAGGUGCGCCGAGGGGUGGGGGGCGUCUGGCCCGGGGGAAGGGCUCCUGCCGGCCGCGUCCUCGGCCCUCGUGCGUGAGCAGCCCCAGAACUUGGCGGAGCCCUGCCUGACUCCCCGCGGCAGCGCUGGGCGAAGUCACUGGCCUGUGUCCUCCUGCCCCGCCCCUUUCGUUGGAUUUUUAAUUUUCUAUGCCUAGCUAAAAAUAAAUUUAGUAAG